AUGGGCAAGCGACGCUCAGCUCGAGCGCUCGUCAAAAAUGUCAUAUCCCCACAUAAAGGAGUCAAACAGCUGAAAGAGGGCACACGGUAUCUUCCAUCCAUUCCCAAGCCGAGCAUCAAGCAGCUCAGAUCCCGGUAUUCGAGCAAAGCGGCCGAUCGUAAUAUCCAAGAAUCCGCCACUGGUAUACCCACCGAUCUGCCCAUUGAGGAUUUUUUGGCGCUCCAUAAUUUGCAGCAAAUCAGCGACAUGGUUGUUUCUGACUCUGAUGUCGCUGAGAGUACACAUUCUGGCGAUUAUGUCGAACUCAUCCCAGACGUUAUAUCAUGUACUGAUGAGAUUCGUGAUUCCAGCCCAGUUCCGUCAAUAAUGUUUGCCUAUGUCCCCGACAGUGAUACGGGCUGA